UAUAUCAAACAAUCUAUAAAGUCCAUUCUAUUUCUCUCUUCUCUCUUACUCUCCUAAACCAAACAGAGCAUUUGCUAUCUGAAUCGAAACCCUAAUCCGGUGAGACUUGAAGACCAAGACUGAUUUCCUGGUUUGUUACCCUUUUGCGUUCACGAACAUUGCUCAUUCUGUUGAAUUCAGCUUGCUUCGUUGCUCCUUUGAUUCAUUUUAAAGGUCACUGGAAGCCUGCCUUACUCAAUUUCUCUUUCCUGGAAAGGAUCUGGUUCAGAUGCACAGGAUAAUGGACCAAAUAAUCAGCUAAACUUCCUUGUUUUUCCCAACAGUGAUCAUGUACCACAGGUUGGUCCUUUCCAAACUACACAAACUGUUUAAAGUAUUAUGCUAAGUCCCAAAUAAUGUCUCCUCUGAGUGCCUUGCUAGUUACAAUUAAUUCUCUUUUGCGGAAGUUCUCCAAAUGCGAGAUUGCGGAUUCUAUCAAAGGCCUUGGCACAUUAAGGGCUAUUUGCACUGCUACUGCUGAAAGGUGUGAUUUUCAGCUUUCUGGUGGCGAUCAACCACAUGAUUCUUUGGGUUACCGGGAAAGUUGUGCUGGGUUUCAUCACCAAAAUGCAGGUCAGUCUUAUGGGAACAGUCAUGCUAGUCCAGAGAAUUUUUCUAACCAAAAUGUAGUUCAAAAUAAUUUAGCUGGGCACAGAGGAAGUCUUAAUGGGUACUAUGGCCAAAGCGGCAUGAAAGUGCCCCAGGAAGUUGGGGUAGUUGUUGAUAAUUCUAGGGGAUUUGGGAUGGAUCCAAAUGCUUUUGUUGAGAAACAUAAUGGGAUACAAGAACCUGGACAAAGGGUGCAGCAUCACAAUGCAUUUUGUUCACCUAGGCAUUUAGCGUAUCAGGGAAAUAUUAAAGGGAACCACUCAGAACAAUAGUCCAUUUUGGCAAUCACCGAAAGAUUUUUACAAAGGGAGUAAUGAAGUGAGUCACCAGCACUCGGGUUAUGGACAAUUUCAGCAGAGUCUAGUAGAUGGUCGGUCUCCUCCAAACUUGAAUGGUGCACAGAGAUCAAUGGCUGGCUCUCAUCUAUCAAGUAAUGCAAAGCCUGAUGGUGAAUCAGUGGAGGCAUCUUCUGAUAGUCCAUAUAGAGGUACACUUGAGGAACUAGAUGGUUUCUGCAUGGAGGGUAAAGUGAAGGAAGCAGUUGAAGUUUUGGAAUUGUUGGUAAAGCUUCAUAUUUCUGUGGAUUUGCCUCGUUAUUUGCAAUUGAUGCGCCAGUGUGCGGAAGCUAAAUCUCUUGAAGAGGCAAAAAUUGUACACAGACAUGUGUUGCAUCAUCUGUCACCUCUAACAGUUAGCACAUACAAUAGAAUAUUGGAAAUGUAUUUUGAAUGCGGUUCUGUAGAUGAAGCAAUCAAUAUGUUUGAUAAUAUGCCUGAACGCAAUUUGACUACUUGGGAUACUAUGAUAACACAGCUUACAAAGAAUGGGUUUGCAGAAGACUCAAUUGAUCUAUUUACUCAGUUUAAAAAAUUGGGACUGAAACCUGAUGGUCAGAUGUUCAUUGCGGUUUUUUCUGCAUGUAGUAUGCUGGGAGAUCUUGACGAGGGAAUGCUGCACUUUGAAUCCAUGAGGAAGGAUUAUGGAAUUGGGCCAUCUAUGGCUCAUUUUGCCAGUGUAGUAGACAUGAUUGGUAGUAUUGGGCAUCUUGAUGAAGCCUUUGAAUUCAUUGAAAAGAUGCCAAUUGAACCAAGUGCUGAUGUAUGGGAGUCUUUGAUGAAUUUCUGCAGAGUCCAUGGAAACACUGAGCUUGGUGACCGUUGUGCUGAACUGGUUGAGCUGCUGGAUCCCUCUCGCUUAAAUGAGAAAUCAAAGCCUGGCCUUUUACCGGUAAAACCGUCAGACUCAGACUUGAAAUUAGCGAGCAAAAGUCUGCUGGAAGGUAGGAGCCGAGUCCAUAGUUAUCGAGCAGGAGAUACUUCUCAUCCUGAAAAUGACCAGCUUUAUGCUCUUCUUAGAGGUAUGAAGCCACAAAUGAAAGAAGCUGGCUAUAUUCCUGAGACUAAAUUUGUGUUGCAUGACAUUGACCAGGAAAGCAAAGAAGAUGCUCUUCUUGCUCACAGUGAGAGACUUGCUGUCGCUGAAGCUCUGCUUAGCACUCCUGCUCGCUCUCCUAUUAGGGUAAUUAAGAAUCUCCGUGCUUGCGGUGAUUGCCAUACUGCACUAAAGAUUAUUUCUAAGCUUGUGGGAAGAGAACUCAUCAUUCGAGAUGCUAAAAGGUUCCACCAUUUUAAAGAUGGGCUAUGCUCCUGUCGGGAUUAUUGGUGAAUGUUACCAUAGAUGAUGUCCUGAUACAAGAGAGGAAGACACAGGAUGUUUCUGCGUAAAACUCGCAGGAGACCCUUCUAUGGGAAAUCAUGGGUUCCUCCACACUACAAUUUUUGUCAAUGUCUCACAGUAGGAUAAUGUAUUUGUUAGGAUCUAAUUGUUACGGAUUUAGAUUUUUUAAUUUUAUUUUUAGAGUCUAUCCUAGGAUAUUUUUUAUUUUGGCAUUGGGUUAUCUUUUAAGAUUUAGAGAUUUUUUAUAUUAGGAGAUUAUCUUUUAUUUUGGUUAGUAUAUCUUCUUUAUUUCUUACGGGUUAAGUUAUCUUAAAUAGGAGUACCCUCCUAAGAUUAGAAUUAUGAAUUGAAUUAUUAAGUUGUAAAGGGACCAGCCCUAUUGGAGAGGAUCCAGCCUCUUGGUUAACUUGUGUCUUUUAUUUUCCAGUUAUAUAAUAAAAGUACCAAAAAAAUUCUUUAUCCU